AUGGCUACGCUAAACGAGCAACUUGCGACAUUGGUCGAGAGCUACUCGCCCUGUGAUGUAUCUGAUGCCCUCAUCAAGCUACAAAAGACGCCCGAGGGUAGCACACCAAGAGCAGGCUACCUCACAGACCUAGUACCAUUCUCUCCCACAACAGGAAGGAAUGAAACAAUGCCCAGAAUUGCGGCCCCGGCAACAACAUUCAAAUUUCUAGCCAAAGACGCCAGCCCACCAUCAAUCGCAACAGAAAAUCCCCAGAAGCACGGCUUCCCGCCAGGUAAGCACUGGGUGGAUUACGUCGGCGAACUCCAAGCGUCGGAUCCUUCCGGCGCCGGAUCCAUCGUCGUCAUCGAGCAGCCUGACAACCAGCACUGCGCUGUGACGGGCGGGAUCAUGGCAACCCGGAUGAAAGUUCUCGGGAUCAAAGCCACGGUUGUGGGUGGCCGUGUCAGGGACCUGAAGGAAUUAAAGGCUACUGGCCUUCCGAUAUUCGCUCGUGCUAAUUCUACCGUUGGCACAAGUGCCGAGGCCAAGGCUGGUGCUCGUGAUAUACCAAUCUCAAUUGGAGGUGUUACUGUUUCGCCUGGAGACAUCAUCUUCUGUGACCCCUUGGAAGGAGUAGUUGCCAUUCCUCGCGAGCUACUUAGUCCGGUGCUUGAGCUUAUGCCUAAACUGACUGCAAUGGAUGAGAAGGCCAAGGAGGCUGUUGCACAGGGAAUGAGUGUCACUGAUGCUUUUAAGAAAUUCCGCUGA